CACCAACGAAUGAAUGAAAAGAACUAAUUUACAACCGACCAAUCACAUUUUUUGUUAAUAGAAUAGUCUUAGUUGUUCUUUUUUCUUCGUGUACGCCUGGUGCCUUGCGUGUGAGGCUGCGUGAACGCCCUUCUGCGAAACUCAUCUGAUAUUCCGGUUGUCAAUUCAGCAUUGACUGCUGUCAAAGUUUAACGGGGGGUGACAGUAUCGUCAAUUGGAGAAACAUCUGAAUCAUCGUAUCCAGUCCCAUAUUGCAUCGACUUCGGGCACUGGGGGCUCGACAGUGAGGGCUGAACUUGAAAUAAAAUAGCGGGAAAAGCGGCGACAGAAUGCCAGCACCAACAACAGCGGCAGAACCUGCCGAGGGUGGUGGUCCACCUCGCACAGAGCUGCAGGAGUUACAGCUUAAGGCAGGCCAAGUGACUGAUGAAUCCUUGGAAAGCACACGGCGUAUGCUGGCCCUAUGCGAGGAGAGCAAGGAGGCCGGCAUCCGCACUCUGGUCGCACUCGACGACCAGGGAGAGCAAUUGGACCGAAUCGAGGAGGGUAUGGAUCAGAUAAAUGCGGAUAUGCGUGAGGCCGAGAAGAAUCUCACGGGGAUGGAGAAAUGCUGUGGGCUCUGUGUGCUACCUUGCAACAAAGGGGCCAGCUUCAAAGAGGACGAGGGCACGUGGAAGGGCAACGACGACGGAAAAGUCGUCAACAAUCAACCGCAACGUGUAAUGGAUGAUCGCAAUGGUCUCGGCCCUCAGGGUGGCUAUAUCGGUAAAAUCACUAAUGAUGCACGGGAAAAUGAGAUGGAAGACAACAUGGGACAGGUCAACACAAUGAUCGGAAAUCUGAGGAACAUGGCCAUUGAUAUGGGUAGUGAACUCGAAAAUCAGAAUCGACAAAUUGAUAGGAUCAAUCGCAAGGGCGAGUCCAACGAGACCCGAAUACAAGUUGCAAACGAGCGGGCGCAUCAACUUCUCAAAUAAAUUAUAUCAGCCUAGCCUAUAUUUUCCCUCAAUUUUGAUCGUUUUCUUCUCCCCGUACCCCCCAAAAUCUCCUAGUUUUUUCCUAAAAUUUUAGCAGAGAGAAACAAAAAACGAGAUGAUAAUAAUUAAUUGAGCUCUCUGCAUUAUAUUUAAACGCUUAACCGCAUCAUUGAGACCAUUAACAUUCUAAUUAGACGGUCGGCAUAUUAAAUUUAUUCAUUACGCAAUUAAAAAUUUUAAUUGGCUAGUUUUUGAAACUGAUGUGGUGAGCGAUUAUUCAUUCUAAAGAUUGAAAAUAAAAUUGAUUAAAUCAAUCUAUAUAUACUAUUCGAAGAAAAAAAUUGUUUAUCUUUUGAACGAAAAAAUUUCAAUUAUAAAAUUUAUUGUUGCAAAGAUGCUAAUUAACCAACUAGCGAUUGAUAGACGAACCAUUUUAUUUAUGAAUGUUAUCGGAAAAAUCAUUUAAAAAAAUAUUCAAUGGCUUGUUACACUACAUAUUACCAUGCCACAAUAAAAAAAAAAAGAAAUAAAAAGUUUUAAAAAAAAUAGUGCACAAAAAUUCGGGAUAUUUACGCCCAGUUGACUAAAUACAUAAUUAGGUAAAUCAGUAAUACAUGCUGAGGAUGAGAGAAGAAUAAAGAUUGUUUCGAAGAAGCUGCGAUUGCCGUCGAGAAAAAAAAUAUUCCGAAAAUCCUUAUUGGAUGCAAAAAAGUUUGUUGAACCCUCUAGGGAGAAAAACGCAAUUGUUAUAGUUAUUUAUUUCUUCAUGUUCAUUACGACCAUUCCAUCGAUCAACUUCUAGAUAAUUUUCAGUCGAGAUCAGAGCGGAAUUUUUUUUUGGGUACGAAACAAGACAGGAGUAUCGAAACGGCGCUACAUAGACUCCAUAUGAAAAUUGGCCUGUCCUCACAUGAACUGCGAAAACGAAAAAAAAAGUGAAACAAAGCGUAAAAUAAGAAUACGUAAUAAGGAGUUAUAUACGAGUGAGUACCUGUCCUGCGCAAGUCGUAUAGGAUAUUUGCUUUUUCUUUCAACAAAAAAUAGAAAAAAAAUUGGAUACACCGUACCUCCAUAUCGUGAGAGAAACCCCAAUGGAAAAGAAUGUGCACUUGGUUUUGUACAACAUGAAUGCAAAGAAAAAUGAAAACUGUUGAUGACGUGUGUUUAAUCAUUCAUAUCAGACACAUGUGACCCGGAGCAACAGCAUCGAUGAUUUUUCUCCCUAUUUGUUUAGUCAUCGCAGGGAACAUUGUGAAUAUUUGUAGAUAUUGAACAAAAAAAAAUUAUGAAAAGAUGAGAUUUGAGUCUAAUCUGAAUAAAAACAUUCUUAGAGUUUAAUAUGAAAUAGAUGAAAAUUAUUGAGUGAAGAGAUGGAAAGAGAGUUAACUUUUGCGUGCGGAUGAUAAAUAAGUGAAUUUAAAGUGCUGUGCACAGUUUGAAUAAAUUGUUUCAAGGUUUUUUGGGUUUUCUAGGUGAACAAUUUUUUAAGAUCCAAAAUAAUAAUGUAGAGAAUAUUGUACUUAUGAAGAAAACGAAAAAAAUCUCUCAGAUAUUACAUGUAUUAUAACUUCAUUGCAGUUGGAGGCAAGGUUUAUUAUUUUUGCUUAUGUACUUGAGUUUCGAAUUAUAAUAAAAUAUUAUGAGCAAUAGGUAAA